AGUAGUGGGUGACAACACAUCCACCGCUUCCUUGAUUCAUAUCACGCAACAAGAUGACAAAAAGACAAGAAGAGCAUACACCAGCCUUCUGUCAGUGGAAAAUUCACAGGUCAGCUUUAAGCAAUCAGGAAGACGACAUCAUACCAUUGUGAAUGUGGCAAACAAUGAUUUUCAUCAACCUGAUCAUCACCGCUCUUACAACUACAGCUCUGGGAAAAGGGUCUUUUGAAUGCAGUUUCUCUGAACCCACUGGUGAUCAGCAGUGUUUUGGAGCAGUGGGGCAGCCACUGCUUUUUCAUCUGCCAACUACAGCUGAUACAAAUAUGAAGUUGACAAAGGAUGACAAAUAUAUGAUUUUAAAAGUAGACAAAAAUCAGAUAGUGAGUCUGAACAAGGAAUAUGUGAAUCAGUCAGAAAACGUCACCCCUGGAACAUUGAACCUUGGUAAUGCAAUGAAGAGACACUCUGGAGAUUACAUGUUGGAAGAAUUUGGAUCUAAUGGCACUUUAGUGAAAAAAAUUAAUGUUCAUCUAGAAAUACGAGUUCCAGCGUCAAAGCCAGAUGUGUCUCAGACAUGUCUGUCACCAGAGCAGAUGUCAGUCAGCUGCUCCUCUGACGGAGAAGGAGUAGAGUUCAUUUUGACUUUGGACGGACAGUUACUGAUACGUUCCAGAGACCACAGUCUGUCUCCAGCAGACAUGCAGUCACUGACUGGGAGUACAGCUGAACAAAACAAAUCCAGCAUUUCAAACAUUACCAUCAGUUUACAUGGUCAGCUGACUGGAAACUUGAUGUGUAAUGUUCAGAACAAUGUCAGCAGGGAUCAAACAGUUAUUCACCUGAAAAGCUGCAAAGAUCUUUCUUCUCCCAUCCCCGUUGUGACUGUGGCUGUGAUAGCUAGUGCUGUCAUUCUCCUUCUUCUUGUAGCUUUAUGGUUUGGCAUAAGAAAUCAUCAUAGGAAAUCAAGAUCUACAACUGGACCCACGACUAUUAAUGGGAGUCACUGUGAAGAUGAAAUUGUCUACACAGAUGUCAGAGUUAUAAGAGAUAUGAAGAAAACCUGAUCCAGUUCACAUAAGCACAAUUAUUUUCUCCUAAGUCAUUAUUAGGCAUCUACCAUUGUUUUAACUGUAACCUUGCUGAAAAACCUCAUAACUAACCCUUGAAUCGAAAACAUGAUCAUUGUCAGUGUGGCAUGAAAAGGUGAUUUUUUUGUGUUUUUCUCUUCUGUUACUUUCCUUUUAAUUGUGUUGUAUUGCAACAUUUUUAAGUGUUUUAUCCUUUUUUUACUUGUGUUUUUCAAAUAAACAUACACUGAUAACUUUUGUUUUCACCAAUGCCAAAGAGAAUGAAAAGAAGGUUUCUAUGCAACUGGUAAACAUGUAGUCCUUUGUUUUAUACUGAAAUA